AAUUACGGCGUAGGUUGCAGUUGUGUUUAGCGUCGACGCGUUGAGGACGGAAAGGCGAAACUAGAACUUAGGUUUACGGCGAUAUAUUUAAAAACAUCGAUUUAACAUGUGUUGAUGUAUGUAUUUAAAUUUAUUUUUGACUGAUUUUUUCUUCCAAGUAGUCAGGAUUGCGGGUUAGAAGUAGCUAGCUCGUGUUGCUAGCUGAUUUAGCUUCCUGUGUUGCGUUAGCUUCUCAAAUAACACUGGGAGUGUGAGCAGUGUGAUGAUGGUGAGACCUCACUCAGGUUCUCCUCGCUCCAGACAGAGGUCUUUCUCUGACGGCGGUCAUGGUGAGCAUCACGGAGGGCGACCGGGCCCGCCUCCUAGGGGAUUCCGGGGCCCACCAGGUAAGGCCCCUCCCAGCUGGAGAGAGGGCAAUGGCGGAGGACAUUCGCCUUACCCCAGGGACAAGAGACCCCAGAUGGGAGACCCGAGAGAGCGAGCACAUGGACAUUGGACGCCUCCGAACCAGCAUAACUUCAGACCAUACCCCGUGUCUCAGGAUUCUCAGCACGGCCGAAGGAGGUCCCCCCCGUCUCGCUUGAACCGCCCUCCCCCUGUCCAAAACAGGCACUCGCCUCACGGUCCAUCGGGCCACCACAGGCCCUUCCACGGGAACCAUUCCGGUCACGUUUCACCAUCUUCCAGAUAUUUCCACAGCCCUCCGUCAGAGCGCAGGGGUCCGUCACCACAUAAUGCGUUCAGAGCCCCGCAACGAUUCCAAAACUCUCCCCACGAGCAGGACAGGAGCUGGGGUCCCGGAAGGCCACCAAACCCCAGAGACAGGCCUUUCGGGCGUCCCGCCCAGAGAGGGCAUCGCUGGAAUGGCCGGGGGGGUUACCCUCACCCCAACGGGGAGCCCAGGCCCUCUGCCUCGCCCCAGAGAAAGCCCAGAGAGUUCGAUGAGAGGAACUCGUAUCCAGAGAGGUGGUCUACAGAGCGAGAUCCACGCAAGCAGCACGGAGACGCCGGCAAGGGCCGAGGAAGGGGGCGGCCCGGGCACCACGCCCCCGAGUGGCCACGUGGGGAAGCGGGGGAACCGUACCCUCGCCCCUUUUACAGAUCACCCUCGUGGAAAUCUGGUCCAUCGUCUUCCUUCAACUCGUUUUCCAGAUUUGCUCCAUCUCCGCGCCUCCGGGAGCGGCCCCCCAUGCGUCCAAUGAAGAGGAGGAUUCAGGAAAUGGGUCCGCCGCUACCGCCGCUGCCGCACGACCUGGAACAUGGACCGCCCAAACGCUUCCGCAGAGAGAUGCCACUACGGCCGAUGCCUCUUAAAGCUUUCGGGGGUCGCGGCCUGUCCCUCAAGGACAAGUCCCGACUGAUGAAAGGGCGCAAGUUCAGAGAGGAAUCCGUGGCGAGAUUUAAAAUGCCACCGCCGAAGCUCAGGCCUACAGACAAGAUGCAGAGGAACAAGAUGCGGGAUGCGGAGCACAUGGGCGAGUCCUCCAGACUCCCGCCUCACAAGAUUCCUCUGAAGAAAAGUGUGAAGAGGCGACCGUCCCGAGAGUCGCCCGUGGAAGCUGACUCCAAAUCCUCCGAGCUCGAACUGGAGUCCGAGACACAGGUGGAACCCCGGCGCUCUGUCCGAGCACGCAGCUCUUCACCCCUGGACAGACAGCUGACCAGAGACCUGGUGGUGGUUUCUCACUGGGAAGCUGGAACCAGGAGCUCGAGUCCCAAGAGCAGCACGUCCUGGAAGAGCAGGAUAUCCCAUAAUGAUGAUAAAACCGGUCAGAACCCAAAUCACCGCUUUGGGAGUUCAGAAGCACACGACCAGAAGCAGCGCCGGUUAAUGGACGGUCCAGGAAAACCCUUACGAAAGCCCGGUCCUUUCCAGGGUUCUGAUGGCGUCUUCAGAAGACCACUGAUGGCCACCAUAUUCCCACGCCCCUCCCUCCAUCAGAAGCCUGUGUUCCGGAAAAGUCAGAGCAUCAUGACCAAGUACAAGAACAUGCAGACGAUGCGGCACAAAGCCCCGCCCCACCCGCGCCAGGCCACUAGCCACCGCCGCUGGUGAAGUCUCAACUCAGGAUGCCUGGGUGUGGAGUGCAGCGCCAUCGUGUGGCCAGAUCUGGAUUUUUAUAUCCAAAGAGCACCUCUUUUCUUUUGAAGAAUUCUCCGGUUAUGACUCGGUCGGGAAUCACAUCACAGCCGCCAAAGUUUACUUUAAUACUUUAUUCAUGCUUUAGGUUUCAGUCUCGUGAUAUGUCACUCACACACACAUACACUGAGCUGUGAUGAUUUAAGGGGUCUUUUGUUGUUUCUAGUGAGCUGAUGUGUGUGUGGGUGAGAGAGAGAGAGCAUGGCAAGCUGUGUGUGAACUCUGAUGUGUAGUUUAGUGAAUCACUUUCUUUUUCUUUAACGUUCUCUGUACAGCUCUUUACUUGUGUACAUUGUUUAUAGAGAUUUCAAUAAAACAACUGGAACAUC